UUGAUCGCCUACGUCAUUCACAAGUCUACUUCAUGUUUCAUGGCGCCCACGAUUUCUGGACCACACUGCCAAACCCAACUGACGUGCAGCUAAGGCCCGCCAAUUCGCAUCGUAACAAGGCUUCCCGACGCACGGCAACCCUCCGCCACCGAGUUGGCCUGUCACGAACAUUCUCGACCCGUCAAAAAGAGCUGAGCCCCCUCCAGCUCAACACCCCUUUUCUCCUUCCAUGGACUCAAGAACAUAAGGACAUAACAUUCCGCAAUUGGACCUGAAAGAGCAAAGGCACGCAUCUCAGACACCAUGCCCGGCAACCGUCCUCGAUGGAUGCUACACAUACAAGCACAGUUCUGGCGCGUGCUCAUGGGCAUCGGCAUGAUGCUGCACAAGCUCGCCCGCCCUCUCCCGCCCUCGCCUUCCUUCCACAGACACGUCGACGCGACCGUAUCGCCACUGAAAGGAAAAUUUAAGCUCCAUUUCUACGUUCCAAAGGAUUAUCACAAACAGAAGAAGCUGAAGGGCCACAAGAGAUACCCGUGUGUUAUCAACUUCCAUGGCGGAGGCUUCACGCUGGGAACAGCACAGGAUGAUGCGCGCUGGGCAGGAGUGGUUGUUGAACAAGUGGGAGCAGUCGUCGUCAGCGUCGAUUACCGGCUCGCGCCCGAAUUCCCGUUUCCUACCGCUGUCGAAGAUGGCGCCGAUGCCAUAUUAUACCUCUCGCGGAAUGCGGACGAAUUGAGGCUGGAUCCGGAGCGUUUCGCUGUGUCGGGCUUCUCCUCGGGCGGCAACAUGAGCUUCACGGUUCCGUUGUGUCUGCAGGGCGAAUUGCUGGAUAGAACACCCUCGGGGACGAAGAUUCAAGACGGCCGGGCUGGCAGCAUCCCGCAAGUUGUCCUACCUCCAUCGCUUCCCACAGGUUCGGCCAACCAUCUCGCGCCGAAUUACACUCCCAAUUCCUCACGUGUCCCUCUCGUCCGACAGAAGUCUCGCAUCGACAGAAUCGCUAUGCUCCGCCAGACUGGCACGUCGACCCUCUCCCUCGUAUCGUCAUAUAAGGAUGGACCGGCAGUGUCUGUUGCAACUGAGGGCUCGAAAGCAGAGGCCAAAAUCCGGGGCAUUGUAUCAUUCUACCCGUCUACCGAUUACACGCAGACGCGGGAACAGCGACGUGCAACUUGCACGAGGGCAGAUCAGCAGCUCCCUGCUGUCUUCACGGAAUUAUUCGAUGACUCGUAUCUACAACCGCCGUCUUUGGACCUCACCCAUCCCUGGUUGAGUCCGGGUGUAGCUCCCCAUCACAUGCUCGUCGCCUUACCCGACGACAUCGUUCUCUUCUGCUGCGAAUGGGACAUGUUGCUCGCCGAGGGCGAGGCUUUCCGCGAUAGGCUCGCAACAGACCUAGGCAAGAGAGUUCACUACCAUUGCGUACCGGGCGUGCCUCAUGGGUGGGACAAGGCACCAAAUCCUCUUAGAGAGUCACCAGGGGCGAGAGAGCAAUAUACGGUUGCUUGUAAGGAGUUGAGGAGGAUGUUUGAGCUCGACGAUGAUGAAGACGGGGAAUAGAUGGAAGAGGUGUUGUUUCGCUAGCGUACAUCCUGGCUGCCAUGAUUCUCUUUAGCGUAUAUACUUUCAGAUAGAGCUCUGGCGUUAGGCGUCGUCUCGGUUCUUAGUCGUGGCGUUCCGAGCAUUUGAAACAGUCAGACGUUUGAUCAGGUCUUUCUCCCGUGUAAAUGCCUUAGUCUAUGGGAUGUUAUCUUGAAGUAGAUGUUGCCUU